UAUGCGUGUGUGUACUUUCUAUACGUGUGUAUGACAGAGGCUCACCUAGCAGCAGCACAGUCUGAAUGUGUUUCUGCUGGAGCCGAAGCAUCCGGGCAGAACUGCGCAGAGAUGCGGCGCACAUAGACGUGACAUGCGGACACACCACAGCUAUAUCAUGGUUAUAAUUAUAAACACCAGCUGAGAUAAUUUCUGGGUUUGUUUUUGAGAUGGCGGCGCUGAAGUCGAGGUGAGCAGCUCCGUUGCUCGGUCCUGUCGCCACGGUGUGCGCACUUUUUUCCUCGCCAAUCAAUUUUUUUUGUUUUUUCCCCAUCGAUUACUGUGCAAGGAAUCAUGACUUCGGGGCAAGACGAGAGUACAGUCCGUGUGGCACUGAGGAUCCGUCCUCAGCUGGCCCGGGAGAAGAUCGAGGGAUGUCACAUCUGUACGUACGUGAUGCCCGGGGAGCCGCAGGUGAUCCUGGGGAAGGACAGGUCCUUCACCUACGACUACAUGUUCGACAUGGACUCCCAGCAGGAGACCAUCUACUCCGAUUGCACGGAGCAGCUGAUCGAGGGCUGCUUGGAGGGCUACAACGCCACCGUGUUCGCUUACGGACAGACGGGCUCAGGGAAGACGUACACCAUGGGGACGGGCUUCGAUGUGAACAUCUCGGAGGAGGAGCUGGGCAUCAUCCCCCGCGCCGUGCACCACCUCUUCAGAGGCAUCGAGGAGCGGAGGCAGGCGGCGCAGCAGCAGGGCCGCCCCAUCCCCGAGUUCAAGAUCAACGCACAGUUCCUCGAGCUUUAUAACGAGGAGGUUCUGGACCUGUUUGACUCGACUCGAGACUCCAGACAGAAAUCUCACAUUAAGAUCCACGAGGACGCCAGCGGAGGGAUCUACACCGUGGGAGUGACGACCCGCAGCGUGACCUCCGAGGCCGAGAUGAUGCAGUGUCUGAAGCUCGGGGCUCUGUGUCGCACCACCGCCAGCACUCAGAUGAACGUGCAGAGCUCUCGCUCUCACGCCAUCUUCACCAUCCACCUGUGCCAAGUCCGCAUCUGUGCCUCCGACAAUCAUGAAGGUGAGACUGAUAACCGAGUCUCUAAUGGAAACUCGGAGCUGGACGAGUACGAGACGCUGACGGCAAAGUUUCACUUCGUGGAUCUGGCCGGCUCCGAGCGGCUGAAGAGAACCGGAGCGACGGGAGACCGAGCCAAGGAGGCGAUCUCCAUCAACUGUGGCCUGCUCGCUCUGGGGAAUGUAAUCAGCGCUCUGGGCGACCGAAGCAAGCGCUCCUCUCACGUGCCUUACAGAGACUCCAAGCUCACCCGCCUGCUGCAGGACUCGCUCGGAGGAAACAGCCAAACGGUGAUGAUCGCCUGCAUCAGCCCGUCGGACCGGGACUUCAUGGAGACGCUGAACACGCUGAAGUACGCCAACAGAGCGAGGAACAUCAAGAACAAAGUAAUGCUGAACCAGGACAAGGCCAGCCAGCAGAUCAGCGUUCUGAGGACGGAGAUCGCCCGGCUGCAGAUCGAGCUCAUGGAGUACAAGACGGGCAAGCGUCUGACGGGGGAGGACGGCGUGGAGAGCUUCAGCGACAUGUUCCACGAGAACUCCAUGCUGCAGACGGAGAACAGCAACCUGCGGGUGAGGGUGAAGGCCAUGCAGGAGACCAUCGACGCCCAGAGAGCCAGGCUCACCCAGCUGCUGAGCGACCAGGCCAACCAGGUGAUCGCCAGGGCAGGUGAAGGCGCAACUGAAGAAAUUGGAACCAUGAUUCAGGGUUACAUCAAAGAGAUUGAAGACCUCAGAGCCAAACUCCUGGAGAGCGAGUCGGUGAACGAGUACUUGAGGAAGAAUCUAUCCCGAGCCUCUAACCGCCAGUCUCUGUACGGAGGAGGGCCCUCGCUGCUGGCCCCGGAGAAGGAGACCUCGGACAUCAUUGAACUGGCCAAGAAGGACCUGGAGAAACUGAAGAAACGAGAGAAGAAGAAAAAGAAAAGGCUGCAGCAGCUGCUGGAGGACAGAGACAGGGAGGAAAGGGAGGAGGUGGUGGAAGAGGGGGAUGACGUCAGCGCCAACAAGGAGGAAGUUCCUGACAACGAGCAGGAGAAAGGAACCGAGAAGGAGAUGACGGAGCGAGGCCACGAGGAAGCAGAAAUUGAGGGCCAGGAAGGCAGCGACCACGAGGAAGGAGACGAGGAAGAGGAGGAGGAUGAAGAGGAGAUGGAGGUGGAGGAGAGCUCCGAUGAUUCUGACUCUGAAUCGGAUGAAAAAGAUAACUUCCAGGCGGACCUGGCCAACAUCACCUGUGAGAUCGCCAUCAAGCAGAAGCUGAUCGACGAGCUGGAGAACAGCCAGCGGCGGCUUCACACUCUGAAGCAGCAGUACGAGCAGAAGCUCAUGAUGCUGCAGUGCAAGAUCAGAGACACGCAGCUGGAGAGGGACAAGGUGCUGCAGAACAUGAACACAGUGGAAUCGGGCACAGACGAGAAGUCUCGAAAGAUCAAGACGGAGUACGAGAAGAAGCUGAGCGUGAUGAACAAGGAGCUGCAGAAGCUGCAGUCGGCGCAGAAGGAGCACGCCCGGCUGCUGAAGAACCAGUCGCAGUACGAGAAGCAGAUGAAGAAGCUGCAGAUGGACGUGGCCGAGAUGAAGAAGACCAAGGUGCGUCUCAUGAAGCAGAUGAAGGAGCAGCAGGAGAAGAACAGGAUGAACGAGUCUCGCAGAAACCGAGAAAUCGCCACGCUAAAGAAAGACCAGCGCAAGCAGGAGCACCAGCUGAAGUUGCUGGAGGCUCAGAAGAGGCAGCAGGAGCUGAUCCUGAGGAGGAAGACUGAGGAGGUGACGGCUCUGAGGAGGCAGGCCCGGCCCACCUCAGGGAAGGUGGUGAGGAAGUUCCUGUCUGACCCGGUGCAGGACUCCAGCUACAGACCUCCAUCUGGACGCCUGUACUCCUCCGGCAACGCUGCUCCCAACGGCACGCGGACUUCCUACCGGCGCUCAGGGAUCUUAUCCACCAGGAUCGCUCGCAACAAGUGGCAGUCUCUGGAGCGGAGGAUCACUGACGUCAUCAUGCAGAGGAUGACCAUCUCCAACAUGGAGGCCGAGAUGAACCGCCUCCUCAAGCAACGAGAGGAGCUAACCAAGCGUAAGGAGAAGGUGAUCCGGAAGAGGGAGCGUCUGUCGAGGGAGGGUCCGGAGGUGGAGAAGGCGGUGCUGCCCAUCAACGAGGAGGUGGACGCACUGACGGCCAACAUCGACUACAUCAACGACAGCAUCGCAGACUGCCAGGCCAACAUCAUGCAGAUGGAGGAAGCCAAGGAGGAGGGCGACACAGUGGAUAUCUCCGCAGUGAUCGGCUCCUGUACUCUGAAUGAAACUCGGUUUCUGUUGGAUCACUUCAUGACGAUGGCAAUCAGCAAGGGCCUGCAGGCGUCUCAGAGGGAGUCCCAGGUGAAGGUGAUGGAGGGCCGGCUGAAGCAGACGGAGAUCACCAGCGCCACCCAGAACCAGCUGCUCUUCCACAUGCUGAAGGAGAAGGCCGAGUUCAACCCGGAGCUGGACGCCCUGCUGGGGAACGCCCUGCAAGAGCUAGGUAACAUCCCGGCUGAAAACGGGGACGAUAGCAGCAGCGAUGAGUCGGCACAGAGCCCGUCUGCUGACGGAAACACCAUGUCAUCGGACCUCAUGAAACUCUGUGGAGAGACUAAAACACGCGGCAAGGCUCGCAGGAGGACCACCACCCAGAUGGAGCUGCUGUACGCUAACAGUGACUCCGCCCCCGACGCCUCCCCCUCAGACUUUUCCGCCCCGAUGCUGCCGUUAGCAGAAACUCCAGAUGGGGGGGGGGACAUGGAGACGUCCGGCUCAUCAGUCAGGGACUACAGCGCUCUCUCCCCAGGCUUUUCCUCUAAAAUGGGCAGCAUUAAUGGCUCCAGAUCUUCGUCAGUGGAGAGGCGAGCGCCGGAGCCGUCGCCGCUCUCUCGCAGGAAGACAUAUGACAAGGCUCACGCUGCGGCCGAAAGGGCAAAGGUCAAGGAGAUUAAACAGACACAUGGAUGCCUCCAGCACUCGUGCAACCACAUCCUGCGUUGUGCUUCCCUUCUUCUCUCAGAUCCACCCAAGGGCGUCAUUAACCCGGUGCCUGCCACUAAAAGCAGCCGCUCGGCGACGUUGCAGUGCGUCCACGUGGCGGAGGGACACAGUAAAGCCGUCCUCUGUGUCGACUGCACCGACGACCUUCUCUUCACCGGAUCCAAAGACCGGACCUGUAAGGUGUGGAAUCUGGUGACGGGUCAGGAGAUAAUGUCCCUGUCCGGCCACCAGAACAACGUGGUGUCGGUGCGCUACAGCUCCAGUCUGGUCUUCACCGUCUCCACCUCCUACAUCAAAGUGUGGGACAUCCGGGACUCGGCCAAGUGCAUCCGAACACUAACGUCCUCCGGUCAGGUUACUGUCGGGGACGUCUCUGCGUCCAACACCAGCCGGACCGUCACCAUCCCAGCGGGAGAGAACCAGAUCAACCAGAUCGCUCUGAACCCAAACGGCACGGUGCUGUACGCCGCCGCCGGGAACUCCGUCAGAGUGUGGGACCUGAGGAGAUUUGCCUCCACGGGGAAACUGAUUGGACAUCUGGGUCCGGUGAUGUGUCUGACUGUGGAUCAAUCCGGAAACAACCAGGACCUGGCGAUCACCGGCUCCAAAGAUCACUACAUCAAGCUGUUUGACGUGACUGAAGGCUCUCUGGGGAGCAUCGGACCCACACACAACUUCGAACCUCCGCAUUACGACGGCAUCGAGUCUCUGGUGGUGCAGGGCGACAUUCUGUUCAGCGGCUCCAGAGACAACGGCAUCAAGAAGUGGGACCUGGACCGCAAAGACCUGCUGCAGCAAGUCCCGAACGCCCACCGUGACUGGGUGUGUGCGCUGGGCGUCGUCCCCGGGUCCCCGGCCCUGCUGAGCGGCUGCCGGGGUGGGGUGCUCAAGCUGUGGCACACGGACACUCUGGGGACCCUGGGAGAGCUGAAGGGUCACGAGAGCCCCAUCAACGGCAUCUCCACCAACAGCAGCCAUCUGUUCACCGCCUCCGAUGACCGGACCGUGAAGAUCUGGCGUGCCCGCGGUGGACUGGACAGCACUUUAGAGACGGUUGACAAUGCGGACGAAGUGGCCAGUAACUAAAUAGUUGGAAGGACACUGAAGGCAUCUUUUAAAGCUGCUGCCCUGCACUUUGACCCCCUAACUUCUCAAGCCCAACGCUGACUCCUAAAACACACACCCUUUAUGCCAUGUACCGUUAUGACUGAACCAGAAGGAAAGUAGUUUCAUCUCAACAGAAACUAGCAAACUCGUGAUUUUCAUACACUCAGAGGGUCGUGCUAAUUAGUUAUUAUCAAUGUCUUAUUGGUGACUCUUUGCAGGAAAAACAUGUUUUUCUCUUUUGCGCUGUAGACGAUACGUCACCGUGGAUCAUGAUUAGAUUGUACUAACAAGACUUUUAUUUAAGAGUUGAACACUACUCAGAAAAUCGCUCUUCUGAUAAGUGCACUCCACCUGUAGGCUCAAAAAUACCCAGAAAAGGGUAGCAGUGUUAGAUUAGAAUAACUAGCAAUGACGUAGAUUAUUAAGAGGAGAAAAAUGUUGCAGAGCUAUCGGGUUGGUAGCUGGUCUUCUCAGCCUAGUUCUCCAGUUUCUCGGAUAGCAUGGAUUGUUUUUCUGCAUUCGAAGCAGAACCAAUGCCCCCCAUGCUCCUUCCCCCCCAAUUAACAUAAGAAGAAUCACCGUUCCCCUUAACUUUCCCCUUCCUGCUAUUGUUCCUCAAUUUCUGCAGCUGUUCAAGAUCAGCAACCAAAAUUGUGCAAGCGUGUCGUCUUUGCUGUCCUGCAUUGCACGAGUGAACUGAACUCACUGUAAAGUAACUCUCACUUACACAAAGCCAGAGUUUGACAUUUUGGGAAAUGUGAUUAUUUGUUUUCCUUCCAGUAGUUUGAUGAUACAGCUCUCAUAUCUGCCCUUUAAAUGUAAGACUACAGCUAGCAGCUGGUUAGCUUAGCUAAGCAUAGACUGGAAACGGUGGGAAAUGUAUAGCCUUGCUCCACCAAACAUAAACAAAAUCUGACUUCCAGCACAUUAAGAGCUCACUAAUUAUUACACAUAAAUAUCGUGUUUGUUCUAUCGGAACUCAAACUAAAAGGAAAACAAAUAAAAUGUGCAGCUUUACAGGAAGUUAUUUGCUAUUUAACAGAUUGUGUUUUAGCCAUAGCCAAGCUAACCGUUUCCCGCUGCUGCCAGUAUUAUUUAUAGGCUAACGUUAUGCUAGCUGUAGCUAGUAUUGAGCUUCUCAAUGGCAGAAAGCGAUUAAACGUAUUUCCCAAAAUAUCAAACUAAUCCGACACAAUAAGUCUUUGCGAUGCACUUAAUCCUUUGUAGAUGUGAGCAGAUUCAGCGUUUGAGGAUAUUCUACACUACAUGUUUCGUUGUGUGUAAAAACGUGUUCUCUCUUCACGUGUGGCAGUUAGCUCUCACUUAAUCUACACUACUGAGUCCUCGUCUAACCCCCUGCUGCUAUGUUGUGUGCUCACCUUUUAUUCUCCUAACCCUAUAAGAGGGCUUCCUGUCAUGGACCUCGGGUGAGGUCCGCUCACCACAGAGCAUUGUGUAUGUAUAUAAAUGUUAUGCUAUCUUUUUUCUUGAAAGUAGAGGCCUUCCCAGUUCUGAUCCUUCUUCCUGCAGACGCUCGUGGUCUCCCUCAUGUCUCUGUCGCGAUUGUGUGCUGUCACUUUUGAAUGUUCAGUGAAACAGCAGCUGUAGGCAUUAUUCAAGUACAUAUCUAAUGUAUGUAAACAAUGUAUUUAAAGAAUAAAUCUGACUGAAUGUUAGUUUUGUGGGACCACAGAGAGCCGAGAGGACCAGAAUUGGCGGGAAGACUGAAGAGCUUUAAAGCUUUGGAAGGAGUGUUUCCUCCAAUGAGGUGGCAGAUUGUGUUUAGUGGCCUACGGUUAGUUUUUUUCUUCGUUUUAUUUGUUAUGCUGUUCCUGUUCCACAUAUCCUGGGCGUUCCCUCUCUGGAGUUUUAGCAGCCAUUCCCAAAUGGCGGACUCUGUAGCGAUUCUAAUGUCAGAUGCCUUGGUGAGAAUAAAUGCCAUCUGUCAAAAACAA